UCUGGUUGAAGUCAUUGUUGAGGGGCUGGCCAAGUGCGUCGAGGGGGGGUCAUCACAGUGUUUACGGUGCUGGCGUUUUUGGCGCUUUUCCUGCUGCGUGACUGGAUUGUAAUCAACAUGCCUGCUCCUGACGACCUGGUCGACCAAGUGGAGCAGCAGAUCAACAACAACAACAUUGCCAUUGCGCAGGACCGCCAGCGUUUGGAGCGGCUGGUCGAGGAGCGCCUUGCCAAUGCGGAUAACCGUCUGGAAGUUCAGGGACAGCCGCUGAUUGCUGAAAAUCCGCAGCACCGGCCGUUGUUUGAGCGAAGGCCAUUGGAUGUCCCAGUGCUCGAUGACUUGCCGCCGAAUGAGCGGCCCAUUGGACAGCAGCCCGAGAGCAGCCAGCUAUUCAGCACCAUGAGGAGGAGCAACAUACCGGGUGGGCUUACGCAGAGGAGGCAUUUGUUGCCGAUGUAGACGGCCUAGCAGACGGGUCUGACAACGAUGAUAUGCCGGAUAUCCGGUUGGCUCUACUGACAA